GUGCCAGUCAGUCUCCCGCAGUGUUGGAGUUUGAUGUUGUAACUCUCUUUGAGGCAUUGUAUCAUAUGUUGCAGGUAGCGUCUUAUGCCGCGAGAUAAAACAGGGUUUUUUCCCUUUUGAUAUACUUAAUUUUCCUUGAAACUGCUAAACAGUCGGAAUUUAAAUUUUGAUUUUCCGUAUCCCUAUUAUCUUGUGCUAGAAUUCGUAUGAAGACGGGACCUCAUCCUCAAGUUUGAUUGAGAAAGAAGUACUAUGGCGAGUUCGAGCGGAUCGAAGGGAUGGCGUGAUGCCAGCUCCAGUACUACAGCACUGGCUGUGACCGCCUUGGUCUCGACGGUGGUAGGGACCUACCUCGCCGUAGAGCACUACAGGAGAAAAAACUCUACUAGCUCCUCAAGCAGCCAAGCCCUUUCCAAGGACAGGACGAAGGAAAUUUUGCAGAAACUCGCAGCGGCGUUCCACGAAAAGUGCCGGGAGUUCAGCGAGAUGAGCUUUUCCGUCCGCGAAAAUUUGGAGGCGAAAAACAUGUCGGUAAAAUAAAUGUGGUGCUACUAUUUGUUCAUCAUGGACAACGUCGUAGAUCGAUAGUUGUACUGGUACUUAAGUAACUUCUCUUGCAAUUUUGUCAACCUUUUGCUUUUGCUUUGCAAAGACAUCGGUACUAUGUAUAAAUAGGCGGAGUAGAAUGAAUGAAAGUCUUGAGAAGAUGUUAAUUCUCCCGACAGAGUGAUUUUCAUUUUUACGUUGUUUGUACUUCAUGCACAUCUAUCGCCAUUGUUCACAGUUUCCGGAAGAGCAGCUGAAGCAGCAGCUCGUACAGCAGAGCGGCGCUAUGGAGAAGCUGGAGGCCAUUCAGAUGGCGGUGCUGCAGGAGUCGGGUGUGGCGCCGGAAGAGAUCCAGGCCGCACAGGAGCGAUACCAAAAAGAUGCGGACAUCAGCGAGCUCUCUGCCAGCUUCGACACGAUGCUCGCAGACGCUUUGUCCGGUCUCGUACCUUUACUGCCCCUGAUCAAGAAACCACAAAUCGCGGACUCUGAGAUCGUACUAGUAUUGCUUUCAUACUGGAAUAGGCAGAAGUGCAGUAGUACAGCGAAUUUAUUGUCGUGCAUACAAAAAUGUAAAUCGGAUUUUUAGAAGAAAAAGAACUCCAUUUAUAAUUCGAUUUCAGCACGGCAGCCGUUUCUUGCUUUUUUGUGUCUCCUGAUUUCAUGGUGAAUUUCCACAUACUAUCACUAACAGAUCAUAGACGUUCUCCAGGAGAUCAACGAAGGUGAGGUCCUGGAGCUGUGUCGGCAUUUUCGCGAGACGGGCGUGACCCACCACAGCGUGCAGCACCUGGGUGAGGUCAUCACUAAGGCACGCGCCGACGUGGAGAAAGAGGCGGUAGCACGCAUGUACUACGGUAAGAGCGUGGCGGAAUUCUGGACCGCAGUUGGGUAUUUCGACCGGAUGUCCUUCAAAUUUCUCAGUGAACGCCGGAAGUUGACCAGAGCCCACCGCCUAAGGCUGGUACGUGAUUUUAAUUCUUGCAGCGCUGCGGAUGCUAUAAUGUAUUUCGUGAUGUUGAGGGGGUGUUGCUGUUGCGUGCGUGCUACUCAAUUUAAAUUAUUGAAACGUUAUCUACUCCUAAUUGAUUCAUUUAAACAGUCGAAGCUCUUCGUACCGGUUGAGGCCCAAGGCGGCAAAGGAAAGGACGGCAGCGUGCCGGGGGUGCAGUUGGCUCCUGACGCACCACCUCCACCCCCUACCGCUGAACGGGAAAAAGCAGCGGCUCCUUUGCUAACGACUACGAGUCCAAGUCCGCAAAAAAAAGUAUUCGAAUCGAGGAAGGAGUUCGAGGAGGGGCGAGCAGCCGAAGAAAGGAAACUACAACUCGAGGAGAGGCGAGCAGCCGAAGAAAGGAUGAAACUACUCGAAGAAAGGCAAGCAGCCGAAGAAAAUCGAAGAGACGAAUAAAGUCUGCAGAGUACCAUGGGCCACAUUCCGCGAAAGCGAGAGCGACUCGUUACUUUCACCUCCAACAGGGGAGGUAUCUAUCAAGUAUGUCAUACUUUUUUUUCUAUACGCACGAGCCGGCUCACAAUGUAUACAGUAAGGCGACAAUGAAAUUCAAAUUUGACUUACGCGGAUAUUGAUGAUGUGAUUGCGACCAUAGGCAUAGCGCUUCCUUUAUAUUGCUUACAACGAACUUACCACACACAGUAAAAGUUUUCUUCUGCGGCGAUUCCCGCCCGACACGAAUAAUGUUGAUUCUGGUGAAAAGACUCCUUUCGUUCCUUCUAGUACUAUUCCCACUCGGUGGCCGCUGCUCGGAAGAGGAACAGAGGAAGCAGGAUCUUGCUUCUGGAGUGGUAUCAUCCAUAAGAAAGUGUGCUCGACGACCUGUAUGUCAAAAUAACAAUAAGGCGACCGGAGCUUCGUUCGAACUUCGAGCUCUUCCUUCAAUUUCUCUAACCAUAAGGAGCGCCACUAAGCAGGGCAUAGUUCCAACCCAGGGCGCGCUUGCACCGAUAAUCGCAUGAGAAUUUGCGCGAGAAAUUCAAAUGAGUGCUAACAGGCAGCGAAAAUCUAGAUCGUCACGUGUCUGUGAUUCGAGGCACACUGUGAUCAAUCAAAAUCUGCACUUGCAACGGAGACAAGUACAAGGAGAAGUGACUAUCAGUGUUCAUAGUGAUCGCCCUUCAAGAAUUUGUGCCGCG